AUGGUCAAAGAAAUCCUACUUGCAUGCGUCGGUAAACCAUCGGCAGGCAAAUCGUCAUUCUUGAAUGCAGUUUCUGACGCUACUGCCAAAGUUGGUAACUAUGUACCAGUUGACUGUCCGUGUAAAAAAUACGGCAAAGAGAGUCAAUGCCGACCAAGAUAUGGUCGAUGCGUGGAGGGUACUCGGUUCGUUCCUAUCCAAAUGAUGGAUGUAGCAGGUCUUGUGCCUGGUGCGUCCCAGGGACUGGGUUUGGGUAAUCAAUUUUUGGACGAUCUGCGACAUGCGCAUGCAUUGAUCCACGUGGUGGAUGUCAGUGGUACUACGGAUCAGAAUGGCAAAGAAACUCAGGGCUAUGAUCCAAUCAACGACAUCAAUUGGCUACGCUUGGAAAUUCAUAGUUGGAUCACGAAUAAUUUGUUGAAACGCUGGAGCAGCAUUGUUAGACGGCACGUUGCUAUAAAAAAUAGCACUGUAGAUACGUUGCAAAUUCAACUCUCGGGUUACGGAUCAACUGCAAGUGUAGUGGCAAAAGCAAUGGAUAAGAGUGGUAUAAAAGAACCUUUAGAAGCUUGGGAUGAGGAUACUGUGAAGAAGGUGGUAGACUUUUUCAUGGAUGUGCGCUUCCCAACUGUUGUGGCCUUGAACAAAAUUGAUAUGGCGGAUGCAGAUAAGAAUAUCACAAAGAUCAUGCGAAGAUACGAUCAGAACAAGCUGGUCUUGACAAGUGCACUCGCAGAAAACUUUUUGCGAAAAAUUCGAAAACAAAAUUACAUAAAAUAUAUAGACGCAACGGAUAUUGUAGAGACAAAGGAAGAUUUACCUGAUUCGGAUUUAAAACCAAUGGAUGGGAAGCUGAAAAAAAAAAAUUUGGUGUUGUUCCGAUAUGGGUCUACAGGCGUACAGGAGGUACUAGGAAAAGCUGUAGAAUUACUGGGCGUAUCACCUGUAUAUCCAGUCAAAAGUGUUUCUACCUUUGGAUCCACAAACUCGCAAAAGCCUGGUGCUUUCAGAGAUUGUAUUCUUGUAUGGCCUGGAACUACUGUACGAGAAUUUGCAAAGAUCUUGCAUCCCGAAAUUGAUAAGUACUAUCUUUAUGCUGAAACUGUGGGCAAUAUGAGACUCUCAGAAGAUGCUGUUAUCAGUAGCACCAAUAAUAUCAUUUGUUACAAGACAGCCAUGGCAAUCAGUGGCAAAACAUCUUUAUCCAGCGAUGCAAAAACAGAUACACCUGACAAGAAGGCUAAGAAAUAA